GCACUAAAACGUCACAUCCGCAGUUGAAAAACAAGAAACAACCUUCACAGAAUCAAACCUAUGGAGGAAGAUAAUUCACAAAUACUUGAAUAUGCCCACUCUGAGUUUAAAAGGCAGAAUUUCAAAACGGCAGAGGAACUGUACACGAAGUUUAUCUCUUCCUGCUUACAGUCCAGGGAAUGUGAAGCUAGUAAUUUGGCCACCGCUUACAACAACCGCGGACAGAUAAAGUACCUGCGGGUGGAUUUUCAUGAAGCAGUAGAGGACUACACCUCUGCAAUACAGACAGACAGCCGGUUAGAAACACCUUUCUACAACAGAGGACUCAUCCACUAUAGACUAGGUUUUUUCGAUGAUGCCAAGAGUGACUUCCAGCAAGCAUUAAAGCUCAAUCCAGAUUUUGAAGAUGCCAAAGUGAGCCUGAAGCAGACCCUUCUGGACCAGCAGCACAAAAUAAACAGGGGAUAUUGACAACCUCAUAAACUACAGAGUACAUUUUAUAUAUAUCCUGAAAUCUGGUGGCUGAAGAAAACAUGUACAUUCUGUCAAUUGUUGUCAGUUUACUUACAUUUCUGUACAGCUUUUAUAUACCAAAUUAAGAUGUCGUUAUUUAAUCUGAAGAUGCGCAGUUUUAUUAUUUAAAGAUGAACCUAAAAGUGAAACACAAACAACAUGAAGCAAUCUGCACAAGCAAUGACACCACUCAAAGUCACAUGAUUGUUGACACAUGAAAGGAAGUAGACAUCCCACUGCAUUGCCAAGCAGAGCAUUGAUAAUUCCUUUUCUGCACUGACUCAAGAUUCUUUCAGUUGGAAAAAUUGUAAUUGCCUCAUAAAUGAAAGUAUAUCAUUGUAUAAGUGUGUGGACAGCGCUAAUCGACCCAGGUGCACCAGGUAAAACGAUGACCUUGGGUUUUACUGUCAGUAAUAAAGAGUAUGGAGGAGGGUUGUGACUAUAAACAAACCAUAAUCAAGUGUUAGCAUACAGUAAUGAUAAGGAGUCUCUCAGCUGCAAAGGAAAAACAUGUUUCUUGUCUUAAAUUGAAAUUCAGUCAGUUUCAGAGUUUCUACAAGAUAAUGUGUUUUAAGGAAAGGUAGUCAUUCUUCCUAUAUUCUUUUGACACUAUGGAUUUCUUGAAUUAAUAGAUAUUUCUGAUGCCAAACAAAUUUGUUUGUAAUCCAUAAACAACUACCUUUAUCGCACUGCUGAUUAAUGCGUAUUUAUUCUGCACAUAUAGCGAUUUUUUAAUCUUUUCACAAGAAACAGAUCUAUCUUUCUUAAGCUCACUGUCGUAUGAUGUGUGUAGUGGUAUAUGGACCCAAAUGCAGAUGACCAGGAAGCGUAAUGAGGUGAAGUAACCGGAUGGCUACAGUGUUUAUUGAGAGGGAUGUGGUUCACAGGCAGGUACGGGCAGACAGGUGAACAGGCAAAUUACAGAUAGGUUACCGGCUGGCAGUGGUGGAAGCAGAGAAGUGAGUCCAAGGUGGCAAAACAGUUCAAUCGGGAGCAGGCAAAUUAUAAAAUCCAGGAUCCAGCAAAGGUCCAAAGGAGACAAAGAAUCCAGAACAUAAUUCACGAUAAAAAUGCCAGGGAACUGGACACUGGAACCAGGUACAACAAAAAGUGCACCAAACGGCGACACACACAAAAGGUCAGGACCACUGGCAAGACAGGAAAUCAAAUCAUGCAGGAAUAACACCAUACAUAACAAUAAUGAGCCAAGCCAGAGACACGGACUAAAUACCCCUAGGGGAGGUGAAACAACGAGACACAGGUGCAAACAAUCAAGGAAGGACCAACAAUCAAAACUGGAG